CAUUUUGCAACUAUUAUAAGGAAGACUAGUUCAAACAUGAAUCACCUGUCGAUGCCAAGUCUAGGGGAAAUUUUGAUGAGGAGCAGAAUAUGUUCAUACUCCCCACAGAAUGCUCAUUAGGAAAUACAGUAACUAUAUAGUGAAGAAACUGGAAAACCCUUGACCAAGUAAUUAUCACAGUCAAAAGCACCAAUGAGAGGCAGUGGAUUUCAUGUGCCUCCAGAUGUGAUACGCAUCCUUGAGAACACAUUACUUAUGUAGCAUUCUGUCAGGGAAUACCUAACCUGAAUCACAUCAUGAGAAAACUAAGUAAGAAACAUCCCAUUAGAAAGAGAAGGAAUCUUUGCCGCAUCUCCUGCGAGAAUGAAGACCAUUCUCAGCAAUCAGACUGUCGACAUUCCAGAAAAUGUUGACAUCACUCUGAAGGGACACACAGUUAUUGUGAAGGGACCCAGAGGAGCCCUGCGAAGGGACUUCAAUCACAUCAAUGUAGAACUCAGUCUUCUUGGAAAGAAAAAGAAGAGGCUCCGAGUUGACAAAUGGUGGGGAAAUAGAAAAGAGCUGGCUAUCUGUAGUCACGUACAGUACAUGAUCAAGGGCAUUACACUGGGCUUCCGUUACAAGAUGAGGUCUGUGUAUGCUCACUUCCCCAUCAACGUUGUUGUUCAGGAGAAUGGUUCUCUUGUUGAAAUCCGACAUUUCUUGGGUGAGAAAUACAUCCGCAGGGUUUGGAUGAGGCCAGGUGUUGCUUGUUCUGUAUCUCAAGCCCAAAAAGAUGAGUUAAUUCUUGAAGGAAAUGACAUUGAACUUGUAUCAAACUCAGCUGCUUUGAUUCAGCAAGUCACAACUGUUAAAAACAAGGACAUCAGAAAAUUUUUGGAUGGCAUCUACGUUUCUGAAAAAGGAACAGUUCAGCAGGCUGAUGAAUAAGAUCUGAGUUGUCCAUCUACAGAAACAGCAAGAUGCCAGAUGAUUUUUCAGACUUAUUUGUGAUAUUUUAAAGAUGCAAUA